UCUCCUGCAUCUCUGCACUCUGCAGUCUGCGUUCUAUCGAUCGACAGACUGCAACGCGCGAACACCAGGCCGUAGCUUUCUCUUUCUUUCUAGCUAGCUACCUUUGACGGCGCGGCCAUGGAAUCACUGGUCUGCGUAGCAGUGUGGGCUGUGACCUUGGCCAUGGCCAUGGCUUCCAUCCUGUGGACAUACAGGUGGAACCACCCGAAAGCUAACGGACAGCUGCCUCCGGGCUCCCUCGGCUUCCCUCUCCUCGGCGAGACCUUGCAGUUCUUCGCGCCCAAUCCUACCUCUGACGUCUCCCCGUUCGUCAAGAAGAGACUGGACAGGUAUGGCAACAUCUUCAAGACGAGCAUCGUGGGUCGGUCGGUGGUGGUGUCGGCGGACCCAGAGCUCAACUACUACGUGUUCCAGCAGGAAGGGAAGCUGUUCGAGAGCUGGUACCCGGACACCUUCACCGAGAUCUUCGGCCGCGACAACGUCGGCUCCCUCCACGGCUUCAUGUACAAGUACCUCAAGACGCUCGUGCUCCGCCUCUACGGCCAGGAGAACCUCAGGGCCGUGCUCCUCGCCGACGCCCACCGCGCCUGCCGCGCCAGCCUCGCCGCGUGGGCGAGCCGGCCCAGCAGCGUCGUCGAGCUCAAGGACGCCAUCUCCACCAUGAUAUUCGAUCUUACCGCGAAGAAGCUGAUCAGCUACGAGGCGUCCAAGUCGUCGGAGGAUCUGAGGAAGAACUUCGUGGCCUUCAUUCGCGGCCUCAUAUCGUUCCCGGUGGACAUUCCCGGCACAGCCUACCAUGAGUGCAUGCAGGGGAGGAAGAAGGCGAUGAAGGUGCUGAGGACGAUGAUGCGGGAGCGGAUGGCGGAUCGUCCGGGGAGGCAGCAGAGCGAGGACUUCUUCGACGUGCUGAUCGAGGAGCUGAGGAGGGAGAAGCCCGUCAUGACGGAGGCGAUCGCGCUGGACCUCAUGUUCGUGCUCCUCUUCGCCAGCUUCGAGACGACGGCGCUGGCGCUCACGCUGGGCGUCAAGCUACUGGCCGAGAACCCCAGGGUGCUCCGGGCGCUAACGGAGGAGCAUGAGGCGAUUGUCAGCAACAGGAAGGACAGGGAUGCCGGGCUCACGUGGGCCGAGUACAAGUCCAUGACCUUCACAUCUCAGGUUACACUCGAGAUUGUCCGACUGGCAAACAUCGUGCCGGGUAUUUUUCGGAAGGCCUUGCAAGACAUUGAGUUCAAAGGCUACACCAUUCCGGCAGGCUGGGGAGUGAUGGUGUGUCCUCCAGCAGUGCACUUAAACCCCGAAAUAUAUGAAGAUCCAUUAGCGUUUAAUCCGUGGAGAUGGCAGGACAAGGUGGAAAUCACCGGUGGGACGAAGCAUUUCAUGGCCUUCGGUGGGGGGCUCCGGUUCUGUGUUGGCACAGAUCUCAGCAAGGUCUUGAUGGCAACCUUCAUCCAUUGCCUGGUUACAAAAUACAGUUGGAGGACAAUCAAAGGAGGUAACAUAGUGCGUACCCCUGGGCUUAGCUUUCCCGAUGGCUAUCAUGUUCAGCUCUUACCUAAGAACUGACACCUUCUUCUCUCCUGAUUCCUGAAUACAGUGUGUUCUCUGUCAGGUCAAUGUGGUUGUUUGCAGGCAAACAUAUACAGGAAAUAAGUAGAAAAAUAUAGCAUAUAUAUCUAGGUGCUGAAGCAGUCUUAUACAUACUUGGGGUCAUUGUAGGGCACCUCUUUGUUAGUGUAGUAUACAUACUCUUGUGACCAAAUUAAGUAUAUAUUUAGGUCCCUGAUCCAAACAUAUAUAGGGUGUUUGUACUUUGUGAUCUCCUUUUGUUUCCCGUGUGGUUAGUGGUCUCUAUACGCUAUACCCAUAUGGUGUGUAUUGUACUUUAAAUCUGCCAUAUGUACACAAGUGCUUAGCGCUUGCGCCUAUAUGUAGUGGCCACGAUGUUUUGGCCUGCAUGCAUGCAUGCAUUGUUUCAGGAGUUCUCUGGUAUAUACAAAAGUUGCUUGGUUUGGUCUCGAGUUUGAGUGUCCACAUGUACUAAUCCAAUGAGUACAUCACAAAUGGAAGUAAAACUAUGCUUCAGAAAAAAAUGGAUCACUUUACAAAUACGCAAGUCAUUGGUUCGAAGAGUCUACACUACUCCAUCCGUCAUAAAAUAUAGAGUAUUGUGACUUCUAAAAUUUGUGAUAACCAAGGAGUGCAUAUGAGGAGUGAUAGCCAAUAGCCAAGGAGCAGAAUAAAAGCACUCACUCUGCAUUUAAUCAUCUCGAGCUGAGUGCACAUGAGGAGUGAUAGCCAAGGAACAACCAAUGAGCAACAAAAAGACAAUAAAUGCAGGCAAAUGGUAGCCAAUAAGCAACAAAGGGGCAAUGAAUGUAAGCAAGUCCCAAACUAAUAUGAAGGAUAUUUUUGAAUAAAUUUUUUUCUUAGAUGCACUACAAGAAAUUCCCUUAUACGUGACGGUUUGAUUCUGUCAUGGACAAGUGAAAAUCCGUCACAGUUAACUAUCUGUGACGGUCCAUAGGAACGUCAUCUAUUCCUCGUCAUACAUUUUUUAAACCAAAAUAGAACGUCACGGGUUGUUUUUUGGAUCGUCAUGGACGAACCAGAGGGCAACUAUAGGAAGCGACUAUGAUGAUGAACUGAACCUUCAUGGUUUUGCU